AUGCCUCAACCAAUCAAGAGAAAAAGAGGAAAUAACUUUUCUACUGAAACUUUUAAAGAAGUCCGUCAAAAGAUUAGACAAUUAGAAGCUAGUCUCAGUGACAAGUCGAAUUUAAAUAACAUUGUUGACAUUUUCAACUAUUGUAAAAGCAGCAAUCCUCAAAUUGCACAUGCAGCUAUUCACUCACUUAAUCGUGUGUUUACAACUUUAUUGAUGAAAGGAGAUUUGCGUAAACCUAAAACUAUCGAUGAAUCUUCAGCUAAAGUCAAAGUUCAACUCUGGCUCCGAGAGCAAUACACUGAUUAUGUGUCAUACUUAAGAAGCUUAUUGGAAAGCGAUGAGCCCGGUCUUCAGUUGCCUGCUUUGAAUAUUUUGAUGGGCAUCAUCAAAUCUGAAUCCGAAAAUACAAUGAACUCGAGUGGUGCCUAUCACUUUGCAAACAAUGUGUAUGGUCUUGUGGUGAAAGAGAUUAUCACGAAUACUAAUUUUAAUGAACAUUUACGUAAAGAACUGGUUGACAAAUAUUUAAAUGUUUAUGACGAUUUAAGACAUUAUUUUUUUAAAGAUGCAGCUGAAAUUAUGGAACAUGCAUAUAAAGAUACUAAAGAAAUGACGAAAAAGUCAAAGGAUACCAAUGAAAAUAAAAGGCUCAAACUUUCAGAAGAGCAAGAGGAUCUUCAUUUAAUGGCUAGCAACGUAUUUACAAUUCUUGAAAGCAUUCGUACUAUGCCAACAGAGGCCUCAGAGAUCAAUGAAUUUUGGACAGUGAAUCCUAAUAGAUAUGAAACUAAAUCCAACAAAAAUAAAAAGAUGGAUGACAUAUUAGGUGAUGAAGGAUUGUUAUCAGAUUCAGAAGUGGAAGAAGCACAAACAGAAGAUAAGAAUGAGAAAACGAAAAAAAAGAGAAAGCAUCCUCUUCUUCAACUUAACAUACACAAGCGUGGUUUCUCUGAUUGUUGGCUUACUUUCUUUAAGCUACCUUUGACUGAAGAAAUGUACAAGAAGAUUUUAUUAAUCUUACAUAAGCGUAUCUUACCUCAUUUGACUGAACCUAAAUUAUUGAUGGAUUUCUUGACUGAUUCUUAUAAUGUGGGUGGAGCAGUGAGCUUAUUAGCAUUAAAUGGUUUAUUUACUUUAAUUAUCGAUCAUAAUUUGUAA